UCCAUUUUUUUUCUUUUCUCUCUCUAACCCUACAGAGAGUUGCUCUCUCUCUCUCUAAGAAUGGCUUUAUUAACAGACGCAACUCCACAGCUAACGUUGCUUUCGUCCUACUCCAAAUGGCUAUGAAGUAAUCUUCCCCUUAGAGAUGAGAGAGUAGACCCGGAACGAAGAAGAAGACCCUCUUCAGGAAAUUCUCUGAGGGAGAGAUUUUCCUUGUGCUUUGACCGCCAUUGAUGCCAUUUCUUCGCUUACAUUUCUCUUACCUGUCCUCCCCGCGAUUGGCUCGCUAACUGUCAAAGGGGAAUCAACUUCUGCCUUUUGGUCAAGCACCUCUCUCUUUCUCUGUCCCGGAGGUCGUCGGGGUUUCUUGAGGGAGAGAGAUCAGAUUGGAAUAUCGAGGCUGUAAUUGGUGUUAUCGAGCCGCUUGAUCAAGUGGGUAGCUGCUGUUCUUCGUGAAUUCAAGUGGGUUGGUCCGGUUUCGUUGACAAUGGAUCUAACAGGAGGAUUUGGAGCUAGAUCCACUGUCCGCGGGUCGUGUCGGGAGGUAACCGGCCUGGACUGUCUCCAGUUCAGUGAUGAAUUCCGGCAACUGCCGACGAUGCCUCACGAGAAUGGCCGCUCGUUCACUGCUUUGCUCGAGCUUCCGGCGACCCAAGCCAUGGAUCUACUCCAUUUCUCCGGUUCCUCUUGUCCGCCGGUGACCGUCGACGGUAUCGGCGGAGAUUUUGCUCCAUCGCUUCACCCUUUCGGGUCAUUGACUUUUCCGUCUAACACGGUCCUUAUGGACCACACGGCUCGUUUCUCGAUGGCUGCGACGGAGCAGAACGGCGAUGUAUCGGCGGAGACCACGAGCUCGGUGCCGUCGAAUUCUAGCGGGAAUCUGGACAGGGUCAAGGACGAGCCUGCGGAGAACGACUCAUCUCAGCGGUUGGUUUCUCAUCCAACUGUGGAAAGCGAGAGCCCGAGCCAGAUUCAGCCCCAGACCCAGACCCAGAACCAGAACAGUCAGACUGGGAAGAGGAAAGAACGCGAGAAGAAGGUUAAAAGCUCAAGCUCAGCGAAGAAGACCAAGAGUUCUGAAGAAGACGAGAAGCUUCCCUAUGUCCAUGUUAGAGCUCGUCGUGGUCAAGCUACAGACAGCCACAGCCUAGCAGAGCGAGCGAGAAGGGAGAAAAUAAACGCACGGAUGAAGCUGCUACAAGACCUGGUCCCAGGAUGUGAUAAGAUUCAGGGGACUGCUUUGGUGCUGGAUGAAAUCAUCAACCAUGUCCAGUCUCUACAACGUCAAGUCGAGCUGUUAUCAAUGAGACUUGCAGCCGUAAACCCCAGAAUCGACUUCAACCUUGACAGCAUAUUGGCUUCAGAAAACGGUUGUCUAAUGGACGUGAACUUCUCGGGGGCAACUAUGCCUGUGGCUUGGCCCCACGUAGCGGAAAACGGCCAGCCGUACCAUCGGCACCAGCCGCCUCAGCAAUGGCCCUUUGACGCCUUUCACCAGCAGCAACAAGGCUUCACGCCGGCUGAUAAUUUCAUGGUGGGUUCAUCUUCUUCCUCGUCGCCUUUGCACCCCAACCAUGUCAAAAUGGAGCUCUAAAACUCACCACUCCAGCAAGUAGACAUUACAUUACUCUCUCACUGUGUGUGUGUGUAUAUAUAUAUAUAUACAUCUAUCGUAUAAAAAUAUGCCCCUAUAUCUAUAUAUAUAAGCAAUUACAUAUCUUUAGGACCAAACCGUACGAUUUAUUUAAAUAUUUUGGAGUCUCUCUAUGACCUCCUCUAUUAUUCUUACCAUAGAAUUGAGAAUAGUCAUUGAUGUAGCUUUCCAAUUUGUAAUACUUUUGGGCUCUUAUACUAAGAUUGUUAUAACCUUGUUAUA